AGACCCUGAGGAAAGAGUGAAGUAAGAUGGACUCACUAUAGUCAAGUUGUUAAAAACUAACAUCAGGUCUCAAUAACUCCAAAUGGCAUUAAAAGAGGAAACAGGCCCUGGCUGGUGUAGCUCAGUAGACUAAGCCCAGGCUGUGAACCAAAGGGUUGCUGAUUCAAUUCAAAGAGGACACAGAUUUUAUAAACUUCAAGAAGUGAAAACCCACUACAAUCUGCGCGACCAUGAUGAUGGCACUCACGGACAGCGCUGCCUGGAAGGAGCGAAACUCCAGUGAGUGCAUUCUGUGUGGUUUCAUUUACCUCAAGUUCAGAAGCAGGAAGAACUAAUCUACGGCCUCAGCCUUUCCUGCCUUCGGCUGAAACAGCAGCAUCUUCUAAGCCCUGGGGGCUUCCCCGGCCCCAGCCUUGGCCUAGAACCCGCCUGCCGCCUGCCUGCCACUGCCGCUUCCUCUAUAAAGGGACCCAGGGGCCUCGCACAGCAGGUGAGACUCUCCCACCCCAUCUCCUUGGGCUGCCCGGCGGUGGACUCUACCCGGCCCCUCCUGCACCUCCUGCCUGGGCCUGGGCCUUAGUUCUCCUCAUGACACCAUUUGGACAUCUCUACCUCCUGAGGGUGCAUGGUGCCCACCUCCUCCUCCUUCUCCUUCUGGGGCUACUGCUGGCUCUGCUGCCUGAGGCCCAGGGGCUCCCUGAUGUUGGCCUCUCAGCUGCACGGACUGCCCAUUAUCACUCCCAGAAGCACUUCGAACAAGGCACCCUCAAACCUGCCGCUCACCUUGUUGGAGACCCAAGCACCCAGAACUCACUGCGCUGGAGAGCGAACACAGAUCGUGCCUUCCUCCGCCAUGGCUUCUCUUUGAGCAACAAUUCACUCCUGGUCCCCACCAGUGGCCUCUACUUCGUCUAUUCCCAGGUGGUCUUCUCUGGGGAAGGCUGCUUCCCCAAGGCCACCCCCACCCCUCUCUACCUGGCCCAUGAAGUCCAGCUCUUCUCCUCCCAGUACCCCUUCCACGUAUCUCUCCUCAGUGCUCAGAAGUCUGUGUGCCCAGGGCCACAGGGACCUUGGGUACGCUCAGUGUACCAGGGGGCAGUGUUCCUGCUUACCCAAGGAGACCAGCUCUCCACUCACACAGAUGGCAUUUCCCACCUACUCCUCAGUCCCAGCAGUGUCUUCUUUGGAGCCUUCGCUCUGUAGAAACAUCCAGAAAGGAAAAAUUGGUUUCAAGGCCUUCUCCCCAUCUUGCCUCCAUCCUGACUAUUUCAAGGGUCACGACACCUCUCCUUUGACUAUUCCAACAGUCUCAAGUCUUCCCUGCUCACAUCACCUGGAGCUUCCAAAGAAGGAAUCUCGGCACCCCAGGACUCCCUCCUCCUUGAAUCACCCCAGUGCUCUGCUCAAUGCUCGAUGCUCGGCUGCGGACUUAAGCCUGCCUAGAGAUCCCGGCUCCGGCUCCGAGCUCUGCUCUGCGCUGCCGGUGCAAGGGCUUAGCCCUGGGCGUGGAGGGAAGCAGACACAUUGGGAGCUUGGGUGGACGUCUGGAGGCAGGGAGAGGGGAUUAUUUAUGAAGAGAAAAAUUAAAUUAUUUAUUUAUGGAGAAUGCAGAGAAGGUAAUAGUAGAGGGACAUCAGAAGAGAAAGAGAUAAAUAUGCCCCAGAGAUGAAGCUGAGAGGCAUUGCACAAGAAAGACCACACGAGAACUCGAGUGGAGUUGAGGGACCGAGGUGCUCUAGAAGAACAUGACGGGUUCUGAAGGGCCAGCACUGCUUGACUAGACACCCCACGAGGCAAUAUCUGCAGCCUCGUUUAAGCCCAAUAAAUGUUUUUUUCUCUGAAA